GCAAACUGUUUCAAAUUUUCGGGCUGUUUGCUAUGUCAGAUAGGAUUUGGAACAAUUGUGUACUUGUUAAAUGCUAAUUUCUGUUAUUCGACUUGGAAUUUUUGAACCAAUAGUACUAGGCACUACUUCAUCUUCGUCUGCUGAGAAUCCUCAUUUCGUUGACACUAUAAAACCGUACUGCCUGAGAAAGUCGGCCCAUCUGUAUCUUCCGCUGGGGUUUGCAAGGUCGAAUGGCCUAGUGGCUGCAGAAAAACGCGAGAUGAUUUUGAGAGACGAUAAGGAGAGAUCGUGGCCAGUAGUUCUGGGGAGAAUGGGACACCACGUUGGUCUUCUGCGAGGUUGGCAAGCAUUUCAGAUGGCUAAAGGUCUGAAAGAAGGAGAUGCAUACAAGUUUGAGCUGAUUAAGAGUGGGAAAAAACCCAUCGCCAAAUUCUAUUGUCCCUUUUCUGGAGAAGAAGAUUGAAGGAAGCUGUUGCAGGCAUGUUCUGAUUGAAACUUAAAGAGCUGGUUUUUACAUCAAAAAGUUAAUUAGUUCUUUUUUUUUUUUUUUUUUU